AUGACAGUUAUGGAUGACGAAAAGCUUCCAAAGACCAUUGAGGAUGGGACCAGCUCCCAUCUCGAGCGUGCGCAGGAAAUUGAUCCAGCCAUCGAGAAGAGGCAAGUCGUUGUCUUCAUGAGGACAAUCGUGCGCAAGAUAGACUUGAGGCUGAUGCCUUUUACCGUCUGGAUCUAUCUCCUAUGCUACAUGGACAGGUCCAAUAUCGGCAAUGCCAAGAUUUUGAAUGCCGAUGCGGGACACGACUUGCUAGAUUCAACCCAUAUGACGACGAAAGAGUACACCAUUGCUCUCAUGGUCUUUCUGGUGGCAUACUCCAUCUUCGAAGCACCAAGCAAUCUCGCAGCCAAGGCUUUGCAGCCCAAUUAUUGGCUUGGCUUCUUGGUCAUUGGCUUCGGAGCCUUCUGCACGGCCAUCGCCGGGGCGAACAGCUUCGCCAGCACAUCGGCCCUGCGAUUCUUCCUCGGUGCCUUUGAGGCAGGCAUUUUCCCCGGCAUGGUAUUUUUCAUGAGUUUUUGGUACAAGGCGGAGGAGCGAGCAACUCGGAUUGCGCUGUUUCUUUGCAGUGCUACUUUGGCUGGCGCAUUUGGCGGAGCUAUUGCAUUUGGAGUUGGACAUAUGGAUGGCAGAUUGGGCCUCGAAGGUUGGCGAUGGUUGUUCAUCGUUGAGGGCGUUCCGUCCAUUGUCCUAGGAAUCUUGACGUUUUUAUUCAUGCCAAGUUAUCCGGAAAAGGCUGGCUGGCUUACUGAGGAAGAAAAGGCCAUCCAAGUGGCACGCCUCGGCGUCAAUUCAUCUCACGGAGAGGCAAAACUCAACUGGGAGGAUGCAAAGGCUACUCUUAAGGACGUUAGACUAUACGUGCAUUACAUCACGUAUAUGUGCAUCGGUGUCGGCGUCUCAUCGCUGUCUCUCUUUGCCCCUACCAUUGUUUCGGGUCUUGGCUACAAGAAUCUCCAGGCCCAGCUGUUUACUAUUCCUCCUUACGCCGUUGCAUACGUCGUUACUCUUGUCUUGGCCAUAAUAUCCGACCACAAGAAGACGAGGGGUCUCGUGGCUGGCGGAUGUUUUCUCUUUGGCACCAUUGCCUUUAUCAUCCAAGCCUGUUUGCCUGGCAAGCUAUAUGCCGCCCGUUAUGCAAUGCUUUGCAUCAGCACCGCCGGCGUCUUUGCUGGUCUUCCCCCGCUGUGCGCUUGGAUCUCGGACAAUGUGCGAACUACCACGGCGGGAUCCCUAGCUACAGGACUCAACAUUGCCUUUACAGGGCCUGGUCAGAUUAUUGGCGUCUGGAUCUAUCGCGCGCAGGACGCGCCAUUCUAUCGCCUGGGCCAUGGAAUCAAUGCUGGGUUCCUUGCCGUGGGGACGGUGCUGAGCUUUUCUUUGUGGUGGCAUUACACGCGGCUGAACAAGAAGCUGGUGGGCACCAAUGAACCCAGAUGGAUUGCGUAG